AUGGCGGCCCUCGGUCAACCUUCCACUAGGAGGAAGAACCUAUUCAAGGGUACUGUCGAGACUCCUCAUCCAGUUCACACCAGGGAUAAGUCCCCAGAGGCUGCGUCUGCCAUCCAUGUCACCAGAUCGAAGGCGCCCACCGGCCGCAUCUACCGAAAGGGCGAGCUCAUAGAUGGCUGGGAGGUCGGCACUGACCCCAAAGUCGAUACCUCGGGUGUGUUUGAAUUCGGUGGUAGCGUUGGCGUGUUCUGCCUGAUGAUAGGUUUCCCCCUGCUUAUGUGGUACAUGUGGAUUGGCGCCACUUACUACGAUGGAAAGCUGCCUUCGCGCGAGGAGGGCCAAAGCUGGGGCGAGUUUGGCAGGCAGGUAGCCGAUCUCGUCUACACCGGUGCUUUCCCUACCCUCCGCGCUUGGCGUAUCUACUGGACUUUCUUUAUCUUUGAGGCUAUCUGCUACUGCGUCCUGCCGGGCGUUUGGGCCUGGGGGAAGCCUCUACCUCAUGAGAACGGAAGGCAGUUGAAGUACUUGUGCAACUGCUACGUCAGCUUCCACUUUACAAUUGCCGCCCUGGCUGUCCUCCACGUCAGUGGUCUCUUCCCGCUCUACACCUUUAUCGACGAGUUUGGCCCUCUACUGUCCGUGGCUAUCUUCAGCGGCUUCCUCGUGUCCUUUGUCGCGUACUUCUCUGCUCUCUGGAGAGGCGCCCAUCAUCGUAUGACUGGGUAUCCUAUCUACGAUUUCUUCCUCGGCGCCGAACUGAACCCUCGCAUGUUUGGUAUCUUAGACUUCAAGAUGUUCUUUAUGGUCCGCAUCCCAUGGUUCAUUCUCUUCGGUCUAAGUUGCGGUACCGCGGCACGUCAGUACGAGAAAUACGGAUAUAUCUCAGGCGAGGUGCUUUUCUUAGUCGUAGCACACUACCUCUACGCAAACGCCUGCGCCAAGGGCGAGCAGCUCAUUAUCUCGAGUUGGGAUAUCUAUUACGAGAAAUGGGGCUUUAUGCUUAUCUUCUGGAACCUCGCUGGUGUCCCUAUGUCGUACUGUCACUGUGCUAUCUUCCUGGCUAACCACCACCCAUCCGAGUACAAGUGGAAACCCGUUGCGCUCGCAGCCCUCUCUGUCUCGUACCUCUUCGUAUAUUGGGUCUGGGAUACCACAAACAGCCAGAAGAACGGCUUUCGCGCCCAGGAGCGCGACCAGCUUAUUAAUCGCAAGACCUUCCCCCAGCUGCCGUGGCAGACAGUCAAGAACCCUAAGACCAUCACCUCGGCGAGGGGUGACGUGAUAAUGGUCGACGGCUGGCUCGGCUACGCCCGCAAGAUUCACUACACUUGCGACAUCUUUUUCGCCCUCUCCUGGGGCCUGAUUACGGGCUUCAAGAGCCCCUACCCUUGGUUUUACUCCGUCUUCUUUACUAUCAUGGUCAUCCACCGCGCCAUCCGCGACGCCCGCCGCUGCCGUGAGAAGUACGGCGACGCUUGGGCCCAAUACGAGCGCGAGGUUCCCUACCUUUUCAUCCCUUACGUCAUCUAG